AUAUUUGUGGUAAAGACUUGACAAUAUUCAAGUGUCUUCCAUACCUAUUUGUGAAGUGCCUCUAGGAUUACAGCUAUGGUCUUGGCAUGGGUUCCGGGAGAGGAUAUAAAGCUGGUCCUGCAAGUUAUUAAAUUACGUCGAGAAGUGAGGGAGGCUGUAGCAUUUGCUACACCCUCGGCAGACCCUUGGGACAGUCUGCCAUGUUUGGACUUGGACGCAGGGGUUGCUUUGUGUUCAAUCAAAGAAGUCUUUCAGUAUCAUUGGGAGUUUGUUCACACCCUGGACAUCAUGGUGUAUUUAGCUGAUGAAGAGAUGGUAGUUCACGCAAUGAAGCACCUGGAGACCGGCGAAGCUCCUCCAAAGAAACUGCUUUUGCGCAUGACGGCUCCCAUUGAUGAAAACCUGAAGAGGUAUAAACUUGUAUACGUGGAGUACGGGUAUGAAGAUACCCCCUGCACAUUGGAGUACAGUUUCAGACGAGUCAGCUCCUCUACUAUUGGGAAAUAUGUUGCGGUUUAGUUUCUGUCCAAGAAAAAUGGCUGGGAUUCUGCGCUUG